GUCAUGAACGUGUUUGAUAGAAAAGCUAAAACUGUUCAGAAGCAGCGAUCUAUGUUGAAUGCUGAUCACACAGUGUUUGAUUAUUUAAAAGAAGAAGUGGGUUGGAGGGUGGCUGACAGAAUAUAUGACAUCAAAAGGAAUUUCACAGCAGCUCUUGACCUAGGCUGUGGGAAGGGUUAUGUUGGCAGGAAUGUAGUUAGAGAAACAAUUGGCAUGUUACAGCAAUGUGACCUGUCAUCUCAUUUCUUGGAUGUCAGUUUGAAGUCGGAUGACGUUCCCACAUGUUCAGUUGUGGUCGAUGAAGAAUAUCUGCCAUACCGGGAUUGUACAUUUGAUAUUGUGCUCUCUAGUCUCAGGCAGGUCAUCUGGAUUCUGCUCGUUCCACUUUUUUUUUAUUUGCACUGGAUCAAUGAUUUGCCAGGAACAUUUAAACAAGUGCACAGAAUUCUCGUGAAUGACGGCUGCUUCAUGGGCAGCAUGUUUGGCGGCGACACUCUGCAUGAGUUGAGAGUUUCUUUGUACUUGGCAGAACUGGAAAGGAAGGGGGGAUUUUCUCCUCACAUAUCUCCAUAUACUUCGGCACAAGAUCUUGGAAGUCUGCUGCAAAGAGCUGGAUUUAAUAUGCUUACCAUUGAUGUUGAUGACAUGACAGUCACGUACCCCUCAAUGGUUGAUCUCAUGUGGGACUUAAAAGGCAUGGCAGAAAAUAAUUGUUCAUGGUCGAGAAGUCUUAAUUUGAAUGUUGACACCAUAUUAGCAGCAUCAGCUAUAUAUCAAGAGAAGUAUGGUUUCACGAAAGUUGAAAAUGAAUCAGAAGUUAAGUGCAUACCUGCUCAGUUCCAGAUCAUCAAUUUUAUUGCGUGGAAACCUGAUAAAUCUCAGCUUCAGGCUGCAAAGAGAGGUUCGGGAGAGGUAUCGAUGAAAGAUCUGGCUAAGCUGGAUGAGCUGAUGAAACAAAUUGAAAAUCUCCGAAAAGAAGAAGGAGCUGAACUACCGAAAAUGCAGAAAAAUAUUGAUGAACUACAAAAAACCGCUCUAAAAGUUAAAAAUAUUGCUGACAAAUCAGAAGGUGACGGUAAUUCUAAGCAUAAAUAGGCUGAUAUUUUAUUUAAACACGACUUAAAUAUACAAUUAAAAACAA